CACCACCCACCCGGUCGGUACACGAGAGACUAAAGAUUGUAACGCCCAGUCCCCUCAAUUGCAUGGGUGCUGCUACCUACUGGCCCACCUACUUCUCUUAGAAAUAUAUACGGCCGUUCUCCUCCUCUCCUCUAUUGUACCUCUCGCCUCGCUCUGUGUGUUGUGUGUGUGCGCGCCUCUAUGUGAGAGAUAGCAGCGUGAGGUUUCUUUACGAUCUGGUUCAGCCUGACUUCGACCCAACCCUUCAGAGAUACCGUCCUCCGUGACUUAGAGUGUCAAGCCGUGGGAACUCUAGGUUGUGCCGACACCAUGCCAAAUAUACGGGCAAUUCUUUUUGCGUUUUUGGUCUAUAUUACUUUCACGGCUGCUUUGACAGAUGCAGCCUCUUUCGGCCUAAGGGCAUCGGCGGAGGAUAUUGCAGGGGCAGAAGAUGUCGAUUCUAAUGUAAAUCAAGACAAGGAUCGGGCAACUUUCUCUAAUCUGUUGAGCGCCGUCUCACCUCAAGCUCUGGAUCAACUUCUUCACCAGUACGCUCCCGGCACCUUCAAGAACGGUGUCUCGGGUCCAGACCGCAAAUCUGCUGAAGCAAUUUCUGCAAGGGCCCCCGAGCUUCCCUCCAGUAUCGUUCGUAUGGCUAUUCGACAAGCAACAUCUGGAAACGAUACAUCCACCUCGGACACAACGACUUCUCCCACGUCUACUACAUCGGACACACUGUCGACAACAUCAACUACAUCAACUGAUGAGCCAACUACAUCGACAGAGCAAACGCCUACGGAGACAAUAAGCACUUCCCAAGAUACACCUACGUCACCAUCAUCGACUCCAGAAGCGACGCCAACUCCUACCUCCACAUCGACUUCUAUCCCUACCAGUACCUCUACCACGGAGAUUACAGAGACCACGGAACCAGUUGAAACUACCAGAACUACCGAAACGUCUGGCCCUACCUCGUCAUCUUCGUUACAGACCCCUGAGUCUUCCAGUGAUACAGAUUUUUCGACUAGUAAGUGAAGGCAGAUUGCUGAAGUAGCCCCGUCGUAAACUGGCUUGAUGACUGUCUUGAAAAUGGUUAAAUCAAGUAACUGUCCAUGAUCCUGGUUCAUAUU